AGGAGAGAAGGAGAACAGUUGUCAGUCAGGGAGGGAACCCGGCGUGUGAAGGCUGUGGGGACGGUGUGGAGGCAGCGGAGACACUUGUCGUUCAGGUGACGAUCAGUUUAACAUGUGCAGGCCAGCACAGCACAAACCUGUCUCCACGUCCAGGCUAGUGCUGGUGCUGGAGUGAGGGUCUGAGGCUGGUGCUGUGCUCGGCACUGUCCUCACAGCCUCCGUCUCCAGGACUUCCUGGUGCAUCGCUGGCCCUGGGCCACAGCCGGAGCCUCCUGCAAGACCUGUCAGCGCCUCGCAGCAGAAGCACUGGUGCCCUGCAGGCUGCGUGGCCGGGCAGGAGCAGCAGCAGCAGGCUGCCAGUGCUGUGCUGAUCAAGAGAACCACCAAACCAUGCUGCUGGCAUCUCGGCCACAAAGAAAAGGAAGAGAUUGAGUCAGGAGUGUGACAAGAUUUGAAACGAGAGCAAGAUCACCAGACACAGCCUUGCACACACUGGCGAAGGGAACCAUGAGUGCCAAGAGUGUGGGGAAAGACUCCCUGGGAAGGCUGACCUCAACAAAUACACCCACACCCUCUGGUGGAGGACCUCAUGAAUGCAUUCAGUGUGGCAAACGUUUCCGUUACGAGUGUCGACUCAAUAUGCACAUCCUUUCACACACUGGUGAAAUAUCUCAUGAAUGCCAUGACUGUGGCAAGAGGUUCAGUAAGAAGAGUAACCUCAAGAGACACAAACUUUCACACACUGGUGAAAGACCUCAUGAAUGCCAUGAGUGUGGCAAAAAGCUCAGUGUGAAGAGUAACCUAUACAGACAUAACCGUAUGCAUACUGAUGAAAGACCUCAUGAAUGCCACGAGUGUGGCAAAAGAUUCAAUAGUAAGGGUAACCUCAAAAGACACACCUUUUCACACACUGGUGAAAGACCUCAUGAAUGCCAUGACUGUGGCAAACGUUUCCAUUACAAGAGUAACCUCAAGAGACACACCCUUUCACACACUGGUGGAAGACCUCAUGAAUGCCAAGAGUGUGGCAAAAGGUUCAAUAGGAAGAGCCAUUUAAACACACACACCCUUUCACACACUGGUGAAAGACCUCAUGAAUGCCAUCAGUGUGGGAGAAGCUUCAGUACGAAGAGUAGCCUCAAAAAACACACUCGUAUACAUACUGGUGAAAAAACUCAUGAAUGCCAUGACUGGCAAAGAGUUCAAUCGGGAGGAGGCCAGCACAACACGGCCUCCACGUCCAGCCCAGCCGCGUCUCCACCCAGUUUCUACCACUUCCUAAAGCCAGACUCACUUCGAGCAAUAUAUUCCGGUCCAGCCCUCUUCUACCAGUCUCUUCCAGUCCAAUCCACUUCUACCAGUCUCCUCCAGCACAACUCACUUCUACUGGUCUCCUCCAGCCCAGCCCACUCCUUGCCCCAGUUUCCUCCAGCCCAGCCCACUCCUUGCCCCAGUCUCCUCCAGCCAAGCCCACUCCUUCCCCCAGUUUCCUCCAGCCCAGCCCACUCCACGCCCCAGUCUCCUCCAGCCCAGCCCACUCAUUGCCCCAGUCUCCUCCAGCCCAGUCCACUUCUUGCCCCAGUCUCCUCCAGCCCAGCCCACUCCUCGCCCCAGUCUCCUCCAGCCCAGCCCACUCCUCACCCUAGUCUCCUCCAGCCCAGCCCACUCCUCGCCCUAGUCUCCUCCAGCCCAGCCCACUCCUCGCCCUAGUCUCCUCCAGCCCAGCCCACUCCUCGCCCUAGUCUCCUCCAGCCCAGCCCACUCCUCGCCCUAGUCUCCUCCAGCCCAGCCCACUCCUCGCCCUAGUCUCCUCCAGCCCAGCCCACUCCUCACCCUAGCCUCCUCCAGCCAAGCCCGCUCCUUCCCCCAGUCCCCUCAACCCAGCCCACUUCUCGCGCCAGUCUCCUCCAGUCCAGCCCACUCCUCGCCCUAGUCU